UCUAGUGACUCGUCUGUUUAUAUUCGCGUAACUAGUGUGGCAUUUAUUUAAAUGACAGUUUUUAAAAAGUGGACCGUGCACAACAAUGUUCAGAUUACAAUGGUGUGUUUAUAGAAUGCGGUAACUGACGACAACAGCCGGGCAUCUUUAUUGGAGUUCCUCUAUCAGCAUGGUAUUAAUAGUCCUUUCUCUUCUACUUACUGGUGGGAUGGUGUACUGUGAUCAAAUUGAUUCCACGGACUUCCGCACAAUUUCGCAACAAGCCCACCAAUUCAAUGAAGCAGGUGUUACAUCAUACUCGCAACUUUUAUUUGAUGUGUCAAGGAAUCAAGUAUUUGUGGGAGCGAGGGAUGCUCUCUAUCGACUAUCAUUAUGGAAUCUAAAACUACUGGAAAAGGCAUAUUGGCCUGCUCCUUCUAACAAAACUUCUUUAUGUCUGGAGAAAGGACAAACUGAAGAAGAUUGUCAUAAUUACAUCAAAGUUCUCCUUACAAAUGGCAAAUAUUUAUUUUCUUGUGGCACAGGGGCUUUUUCUCCAGAGUGUUCAUGGAGAGAAAUGGAGAAUAUCAAUAAAGUACAGGAAUGGGUGAAGGGAGUGGCUAAAUGCCCAUUUAGUCCAAAAUCUAAUAUUACUUCACUAUUGACAAUGGAAGGUCAAUAUUUUGUGGGCAGUCCUAUGGAUUUCUCUGGAACAGAUUCAGCCAUUUAUCGAAGUAUGACUCCUGUUACUCUACGGACGAAUCAGUUUAAUAGUAAAUGGCUGAAUGAUCCAGAUUUCGUGGGAUCUUUCGAAGUGGAUAAAUUUGUAUAUUUCAUUUUUAGAGAGACUGCUGUAGAAUACAUCAAUUGUGGGAAGAUCAUAUAUUCCCGAAUUGCCCGCGUUUGCAAAAACGAUACUGGAGGACAACUUAUGUUAAAAGAAAAUUGGACGACAUUUGUUAAAGCUCGUCUUAAUUGUUCUCUUCCUGGAGAAUACCCAUUUUAUUUUGAUGAGAUUCAAGGAAUGUAUUAUUUAGAAGAAGAAGGGCUUAUUUAUGCGACCUUUACUACCCCAAGUAAUAGUAUACCAGGUUCUGCUAUCUGCAUUUUUAACAUGAGUGCUAUAUCAUUGGCUUUCUCCGGACCUUUUAAACAUCAAGAUAAACCUGGCUCUGCAUGGGAACGUCAUCAUAUACCGCAUAGAAGUUUACUCGAAUGCCAAAGUUCUCCUCAUGCUCACCAACUAUUAGAUAUAUCUCUGUACCAAUUAAUGGACAGUGCUGUGCAACCUGUUACUUUAUCCCCUCUGUAUACAAGUGAACUGGAAACACUCACUCAUAUUGCUGUUGAUCAAGUGGCCACGAAGUUGCAUAGAUCUGUUCAUGUGCUGUAUGUUGCUACUUCACGAGGUUUGAUAAAGAAAAUAUCAGUUUUACCUCGUACGAUGGAAACAUGUGUGGUAGAAAUUUGGAAACCUUUUGAAGACAGUUAUCCUUCUCCAAUAAAAACACUCCAUUAUCUGAAAGAAACAAAUUCUGUGUAUGUCGGUGCAGACUUCACACUUUUACAAAUAACAGCUCAUCACUGUAACAGAUUUAAAAAUAUGGUUGCAUGUUUGAAUGCUAUGGAUCCAUAUUGUGGAUGGAAUAAUUUAAAAGAAAUGUGUACUCCAGCACCUGAUGGAGAUCCUUUGGCAAAGUAUUGGCUUCAGAACUCUACUCAGUGCCCUGUUCUUACUCAUCCAGUUGAUGGUGGCUGGAGUAGUUGGUCUAAUUGGUCUCCAUGUACUCAUCUCAACGAUAAUGAAGGAAGUUUAUCAGACCACGACAAAUGUUUGUGUAGUACUCGUCAGUGUAACAAUCCUGCACCUCAAAACGGAGGAGUUUCUUGCAAGGGCAUGUCCAUGAGGGUUACAAACUGCACUGUUCAUGGAGGUUGGACGUCCUGGUCAGCAUGGUCUGCUUGUUCUCAAACAUGUGGCACUGCUGUGAAGACAAAAAGAAGGACCUGUGGUAAUCCUGCUCCAGCCCAUGGUGGGCGUGUGUGUGUUGGUCAAGAUCGUAGUGAGAUCUACUGCACAUCGAAUCCACCAUGCCCAGUGCUCACGCCUCCACCACGUGAUGGACAAUGGGGAGAGUGGGGGGAGUGGAAUACCUGUUCUCAAGCAUGUGGGGGUGGAUUUCGUGUACGACGUCGUGUGUGUGACAGCCCCCCUCCUGAAAAUGGAGGACAAGAUUGCCAAGGAUGCCAUCUUAGCUAUGAAACUUGUAAUAUGCAACCUUGCCCAGAAGGAAAGAAGUAUUCUUCAUGGACACCUUGGUUGCAAGUUAAUAACACCCCUUCUGGAAAUGGAUAUGUGGAACGAAGAUAUCGUUUUAUGUGUAGAGCUCCUGUAGAUGUCGCAACUAUCAGAAUCACUCAAACUAAGGAAGAAGAGAGAAUAUGUCAUUCUAAUGCCAAUUGCUUAAAAAUAGAAGGACAGAGUGAUCCUGAUGAAAGAUGGUCAGAGUGGUCAAGUUGGUCAUCAUGCUCUGCUGACUGUGGUGGUGGACAGCAAUUCAGAUCACGUUUUUGUAAUGGUCCAGAAAAGUGUGAGGGGUUGUCACAUAUGUCACGACAGUGCAACACUCAUAAAUGCAAUGCUGAAUGGAGCUGUUGGUCAGAGUGGUCAGAGUGUUCUGUGUCCUGUGGCCAAGGAAUUCGGCAGCGGACUCGUCACUGUUUGAUGGCAGGAAAUCAUAUGCAUCGUGGUACUAAUUGUGAAGGUCCAUCAGUAGGUCAGGAACAUUGUGAAGUUACUAGUUGUGAAUCCUUACGUGGUUGGGAAUCAUGGACAGUGUGGUCAUUAUGUGAUGCUAAUGGCAUGCAACAUCGUCAAAGGAAGUGCCAAUUUCCAAACCCAGAUGAGCAUUAUUGCCAAGGCUUGGAUAUGGAAACACGUAUGUGUAUUGAUGAUGGAAGAGAAAUAAAUGAUUUGGCUAUCCCAAGCAGCUUAGAUGCAGAUGCAGCCUCCACUAUACCUAUUCCUGUUGUUUUGGGAUCAUGUGCAGCAGCCUUUACAGCAGGAACUGUUCUUGCAGCAUUGUUUUGCUACUUUUUAUUCAGACAGCAAAGGUCAAGGGUUCCUGGUAGUCCACAUUAUAUUUCUUCAAAACAGAAUCCAUAUGUGACAGUUCCAUUGAAAGAAGUGGGUUCACAUGCUCGAAGAACUUCUUCACCAGUCACAAGUAGUACAUGUUCGAGUAGUGGUGGAAAAUCAGCUGGUAGUGGAACACCAAAGCUUUUUACAAAACCUAGUGAAUAUGAAACAGCGACAAUAAAGAGAAACAGUCAUAGUUUAGCAAAUGGUCAUAUUCGGAUGGAUUUAGAUCAGGAUAAAUUUUUUUAAGAGUAUGAUGUUAUCUGUCUUGAAAAAGUGUGUCUUCAAGAUGUGCUUGUUGUGUGUGUGGUUACAAGAAAUGACACUGUUGCUUGUUCUGUUAUUUUAUUUGUGAAAUUUGACAUUUAGUGUAAAUGUUUUAUGUGAUGUGAAUGUGAUGUUUUGUUAUUUAUAUACUUUUUAUACAAUGUAUUUGACCGAAGAGUAACUGUGGUAUAACUGUAGAGUAUCCAAAGCAAUAGUAAUAUAAGAAUGAUUUCCUAAAUUAAAGCAACACAAUUUUUUACUUUUGCAAAGCUUUCAGCUGUGUAAUAAAGACAUUCAAAUUGCUGUAAAAUAUAGUGUUGUUUUAUUAUAUAAGCUGUAACUGCUAUGAAAACUUUCUAGUAGGGAAUUUUGAACGUAUUGCUCACUAAUUCAUUCCUAAGAGCUUCUGAAUAGUUAUUUCGUUCAGUACAUGUUGUACUGUUGUGAAAUUGAAUAUAUGUUUUUGUGCAUAAUUUUUUGCACAUUUGUUUUGUAGAAGGUGUUUUAUAAGAACUUACAACAAUUGAUAUGUUCAUAGAAUGUGCUUUGUCUUCAAUAUAAGUAACUCUUGUGAAUGACAUUAACUUGAAAAAUCAGAGAGUGAAAAAAGCUAAUUGCUUCUUGCUUCAUUAAUAAUACCAAAUGUUCAAAUGUUGAACUAUUUUUAUUUUUGUGCCAAACACAAUGCCAUUAUAAUGCACUACAGUAAAUACUGAAAAUAAAAGUACUGUUGAAAGGUCAUACAUCAUUUUCUUGGUACAGCACUAAGGAAAUGAAAUCUAUUUUGUUUGAGGGUAGAGUAUUUGAACAAAUGAAUAUUUUUAACAUAUUUUUUGGAGAGUCAUUUAAGCUGUUAUUCUACAUCAGUAUAGGUAUGAUGUAAAGAAUUCUAUUAUGAAAAAAGAUAUGGGCAAAAUUUCUGAAGUGAGUUAUAAUAUUCAAAAUUCAAGGAUAGUCCAAAGUCAAGAGCUUAGUGGUUUCUGCCACUAGAAAUCAAAGAAUAAUUUAAUGCCCGUUUGUAAAUGAACUUUUAUGAUAUCUUGUGAUUUUGAAUGGUUUAAUGUCACAUGUACUUUUAUUUUUAGCCAAAAUGACAGACAAUUACAUCAAUAGGAAUUUUAGAUCUCACUUGGUUCUUUUGAUAGGUAUGAAAGUAUUAAAUGAAAUGUUAAAGCCUGGAGAUCACAAACAUAAUUAUUUAUAAAAUAAAACUUUUGGGUAUUGUUAUCCUUACAGUCGGUACGGUUCCAAAGUCACAUGAGGUGCGGUGUAUCUGGGACAUAUUCUUUCUCUUCUUGUGCAAUGGUCAAAAAGUUUGAGAAAGUAGAGGCAACAAACUAGAGCUACAAGAGGCAACAAACAACUUCUAUCAAUCCAUUUCCUAUUCCACAAGUGAAAUUACAUUAAACAUUUUUUUAAGAACUUUGUAGUUUGAGGCUUUUGUCUACUUUUGCUUUUACAAUUUCCACAAGAAAGGGAACUAGCAUGUUCUUUUUUCUUCUCUUUGAGUAACCAUAUGGACUUUUUAGCAUGUUUAACUGUUUUUUACUUCACCUUUCUUGCUCAAUUGAUUUAAAGCACGUAUUUGUGAGAAAUUUCCAUGGAUUGUGAUAAAAUGUAUCAUGUUAGAUACAUAAGCACAGUUUAUCUCAUAGAUCAAUUAUUUGUAUAUCUUAUUUUUCCACUCAGCUAGAUGUCAGUUAAAAGAAGUGAAGGUAAGCGACAAUGGGACACCUAACAAAAACCGACUAAAUAGCUUCUCCAUUACAAGAUGAGAACUACACUCGUUUCAAACUGUUGAUGUCUCUGAUGAUAUCAAAUUGACUGGAUGUGCACUGCAGAGCCUCUAACUGCGAGGUCCUAGGGUUCACGUCCUGAUAGUGGCAGGAUUUUUGACACUAGCUACAUAGCUAGGUAGAGUUCAGCCACUGUCCAGACGAGAAUUUUAAUGGCCAGCUGUUCUGAUGGUAGUUUCCUAUGGUUUCUCUGACCAACACCAUGAGAAUGCUGGAGCAGAACCCUAACAAAUGGGUCACAAACCAUGCACACUCUUUCCUUCCUCUUCCUUGUCCUAUUCUCAGCCCUUACUUACACACAUUCACACUUACAUACACUACACUACCACAUAUGCCAGGAGACCAGUCGGGAGCUUAGUUUGCCCCGGCUGGGGUGGUGCCUCGCUGGUGGCAAAUUUGUAGGUGGGGAAAACUUUGCAAGCUAAUGUGUAGGUUGGUGCCGGAUGUGGCCAUCCAGUAGGAAAAGAUCACGGCCACCUCCUGUGAUAAAACAUGCACUACAUUGCGAGUGUAUUGACUUAAACCAUUUAUAUUCCCAGAAACACUAAUCAAUCAAUCAAUCGCAUCGACUGGAGGGUUAAAUGGCAUGAUAAAUAGUCACAAUACCAUAUGAAGCAAAACAGUGACUGAAGAAGGCAGUACAUGUCAAUGAAAGUUAGUGAGAGUGAGACACAUGUAUAAAUAGAAGAAAAUGAUAUGAAAUUCUUGCUGAUGCACAGGCUGUACAAAUGGAAUGAGACUGUAUAGAUUAAGUGUGAAAUGUGCCUUAAAAUCGUAAUUGUCGUGUAGGUAUGGAGUAAAGUAAAUGUGAGUUGUGUUAACUUUCGAAACUUCUAAUUUUUGUGUAUACUUGUUUGAUUUUGAAAAUGAAAUGAAAAUGUACAAUAUUGAAAAGAGAAUACACAUUCAAUAUAACAGUAGCAUACUAUGUUGUAAAUAUUAUUGAUUUAGUAAAACAAUGUUCUCAUAACCACCUAAGCAGUUAUCAUUAUCAGCAGUUUAAAUUUUAUGCAUUCCAAUGAAGCAAUCUACAUGACAUAGA